CUUCCUUGGCCGCCGUUUGAUCGCGCGGAGAAACCGCGGGAAGGAGAGAAAAAAACCCAACAGGGUAGCAAUUGCCGUCCCCGCCUUGCCAUUAGCAAAAAGCCAGGGCAUGCUCAGUAGGAGCCAACCUCCACUUGGGAGCAGCAGCCUGUGACUACACCACCCCCUGUCUCUUUCUUGCGUCAGAUUAAUGUUCCGGGGAGGGGUGGGUGGGGGGAGCCGAGAAGGAACCACGCUCGGUUUGUCCGGGGGAGGAGCGGAAAGGGCUGUUGGGGGCGAAGGACUUGGCUCGGAGCGCCGCGGAGCUGGCCAGCGCGGAACGUCGGAGGCUUCUCUUUUGGAACGUUGAUACACUUUGGAACGUUUCGCGGUUUCCUGCGGCGCCAAGGCGGAGGCCCCGAGCCGGUUCUCUGAGGAACGGCGGCUCCAGGAAGACGGGGGGGUGGUUGUUUUGAGUCCCACUGGCGGGCCCCUGCGGGGUUUGGGUGAGCGAUCUGCUCGGUGUCCGCAGUUCGAUGGUUUGUUCCGACCGAAAUGAGCCGCCCGUCCUCCGCCGGACCCAGUGCUAACAAACCUUGCGGCAAGCAGCAGCAGCAGCAGCACACGCCAUCGCCGGCUGCUGCUGCCGCCGCCGCGAACACCGCCGCCGCGGCCGCCACCAUCUCCGCUGCCGGAGCCGGCUCUUCCGCGGUCCCUGCCGCGGCCGCUGUGAUCUCGAGCCCUGGAGCUGGGGAAAGCAGUGGGGGGCCGGUAUCGCCUCAGCAUCACGAGCUGACCUCGCUCUUCGAGUGCCCGGUUUGCUUCGACUAUGUGCUGCCCCCGAUCCUGCAGUGCCAAGCCGGGCACUUGGUUUGCAACCAAUGCCGGCAGAAGCUGAGCUGCUGCCCCACAUGCCGGGGAUCCUUGACCCCCAGCAUCAGGAACUUAGCGAUGGAGAAAGUGGCCUCGGCAGUCCUCUUCCCUUGCAAGUAUGCCACCACAGGCUGUUCCCUGACACUCCAUCAUACAGAAAAGCCAGAUCAUGAAGACAUUUGUGAGUAUCGCCCUUACUCCUGCCCAUGUCCAGGAGCAUCAUGCAAAUGGCAGGGUUCCUUGGAAGCUGUGAUGUCUCAUUUAAUGCAUGCUCACAAGAGUAUUACGACUCUUCAAGGAGAAGACAUUGUCUUCCUCGCCACAGACAUUAACUUGCCGGGAGCCGUUGAUUGGGUGAUGAUGCAGUCAUGCUUCGGCCAUCACUUCAUGCUGGUUCUGGAGAAACAGGAGAAGUAUGAGGGCCAUCAACAGUUCUUUGCCAUAGUCUUACUCAUUGGCACUCGCAAACAAGCAGAGAACUUUGCAUACAGGCUCGAACUGAAUGGCAACAGACGGAGGCUGACAUGGGAAGCAACACCACGCUCCAUCCAUGAUGGGGUGGCAGCAGCUAUCAUGAACAGUGACUGUCUUGUGUUUGACACUGCCAUAGCACAUCUAUUUGCAGAUAAUGGGAACCUUGGAAUCAAUGUGACUAUUUCUACAUGUUGUCCGUGAUUUUUUGUGUAACUUGUGAAACCAUGUGGUUUCUCUGGGCAUAGUGCUUUCAUGUUUUGCUGAGUCAUUUUUUUAAAAAAAAAUUGGUAUUCAACUGUUGCCCUGUCUUUUCCUUCUCAUGCAGAUCAUAAGUACAUGAGGAAGAGCAGGAAUUUGCCACCAGUGCCAUCACAAACCUGUCAUUCACUUUGGAGUGAUGUAUCUGUAGUGUAAUCUAUAUAUGUACACUCCUUCCAUUGUAUGAAAUACUGCACAAAUGUUAAUCACUGGGUGGCAAUACGCCCACAUAGGGAGUGUAUCUUCAUACGUAAUACAAGUCUUACCCUGACAUUUUAAUAAACUAUAUUCAUUGGGAAUUUUAAAAUAAGAUUUAUCAGAAUAGUUACUAAAGCAAAAUCAAUGCCCUUUUAAUCCAAAAGGAAAGAUAUAUAUUUUUAAGAAUUUCACUGGCGUUUUUUAGAGGGAGAAACAAUGUCAUCAUCUUAAAAACAAAGCUUUUUUAAAACAUAGGGAAUAAAAGAGAUGGGACAUCCAUCACAGGUAAAUCUUCAAUGCCUAAAGAGUCCAUGCACAAGUUUCGAAAAAUGAGGUGCUUAAAUAGACUACAGCACUUCUGGUGACACGCAGGGAACACCAUAUUUAAACAAUUCCAUACAACAAAAACAUGGUACAGCAAAAAUGAUGUCACUAAAUUACAGCUUCCCUCCUAUAAGGAUGUGCUACUUGAGGGAUAUUUUUUUUACUGUGAGGGAAUUUUUUAAAAUGUGAUCAUUUACCCACAAUAUGGAAUCUAUUUCUACAAUCUCAGUACUUCGAUGGUUCGCUAUAUUUCAUCUCCAGGAAGGAGCAGUAUACUGCUUCAAGCAACUGAUAAAGCCCUUGACCAUCUUUGUAACAAAAUAUUAAAAGGAAAGAGUAAAUAAACAGAAUGUGACAGUGUUGGAAUUGCUUUAUUUUUAAGCUUUUAACACACAGGAAUUUGUGGAUAUUUUACAUUUUACACAGUAAUGCACACAGGAGAAAAAGUUUACUUUAUCCAGUGAGUUUUCUUAGCUUUUUUUUCUGGCUGAUGAAUUGGUUGAGUUUUUAUCUUUUUUAAAAAAUGAAUGUUUUCUAUUAGGAAUGAAGACUUGAAUAUCUGCACAGUGGGCCACUUCAUCCACUCAUCUCUCUAUUUCUUUAAGAGUUGAAGAGACUCUUUGUCAGAGCUGCUUACCUAAGGGGUUGUAAAACACACACACACACACACACACACACACACACAAACACUCAAACAUGGCAUACUUCACAUACACAUUAAUAAUUCUAAAAAGUGAUCUAGAAUAACAUAAGGGAAAUUGAUAUGAGGAUGGUCUUUCUUUUCUUUAAUUUUUUUUCUGUUGGCAUAGCCAUAUUUACUCUAGUUUUCUAAAUAAACCUUUUGCAAAAAAAAUAA